AAAAAAAAAAAAAAAAAAAAGGCAAAUUGUCCCAUCGGGGAACGGACCCGCAGUCUCCCGCGUGACAGGCAAGAGUAUUCAUCACUAUACUAAAGAGGAUAAUGGCACCCCUGCUUUUGUGAAGCUGGCCCCAUUCGGACAGGCCUGCCAUUCUCCAGUGCAGACCAAACACAAAAGCCUCGCGGACUCCGUGGGAACGCCUCUCCCACCACGUCAGGACCUGCAGCCCUGUGUGACAACCGAGUAUCUGCCCCCUGCCGCCAGAGGUGUGAAGAGACUGCGAGGCAGCAGGAGAGGCUGGUGCGACACCUGGGCGGUCCUGCGCCGAGUCGGGGUUGAGUGGUGUGGUAUGAACAUUUCGAAAGUUCGUCUCCUAAAGCCCUUCAGACUCUGACCCAGUUCUUGAAUGACUCUGGAGAUACAGAUGUUUCAGAAUGGACAUUCUGGUGGCCGAUGGCGCCUUCAGCCACUGACAAUUUUCCUGCUGUUCGCUCUUGCAGACCAGCAGACUGCGGAUCUCCCGAAGGCCGUGGUGAAACUUGAGCCCCCAUGGAUCCAGGUGCUCAAGGAAGACAGUGUGACAUUGAAGUGCGAAGGGACCCACAACCCUGGGAACUAUUCGACCCAGUGGCUCCACAAUGGGAGCUCUCUCUGGAGCCAGGUCGGGCCCAACUACACGUUUAAAGCCACAGUCAAUGACAGUGGAAAAUACCAGUGCAGACUGGAGGAGAACAUCCUCAGCGACCCUGUACAACUGGAAGUGAUUGCUGACUGGCUGCUGCUCCAGACCCCUCAACUCAUGUUUAAGGAAGGAGAAACCAUCAUCUUGAGGUGCCAUAGCUGGAGGAGCAAACCCCUGAACAAGAUCACAUUAUACCAGAAUGGAAAACCUAUAAAAUAUCGUCAGUCCAACAGCACCUUCUCCAUCUCCAAAGCAAAUCACAGCCACAGCGGUGAUUACCACUGCACAGGAUACCUAGGGAAGGGACAAUACAAGUCGAGGUCUGUGACCAUCACUGUCCAAGGUUCAGCAGAUGCACUUGCCAUCUCUCUACUUUGGUACCACAUCUCUUUCUGCCUCAUGAUGUUCCUCCUGUUUGCAGUGGACACGGGCCUUUAUUUCUAUUUACGGAGAAACCUUCAAACCCCGGUGGAGGACUGGAGGAAAUCCCUGUCAGUCAAAAAGCGUCAGGUUCCUGAGGGCAAAUGACAUCUCAUCACAUGGCAGAACAGCAAUGGCAGCAACAUCUUUUCAGCUCCCCCCCACCCCAGCCUUCCUUUGAAAGCAACUUAGGACCAGGCCUGAUGUGUGGUCCUGUAAUUACAGCUACUUAGGAGGCUGUGGCGGGAGGAUCACAAGUUCAAGGCCUGCCUAGGUUACAGAGUGAGUGCAAGUCUAGACUUGAUAAUUUAGUAAGAUCUAUUUCAACAAAAGUAGGCUGGGUGGGGAGUGUAUAGGUGUGUGUUUAGAUGGCUCACCAGGAAAAGGCACCUGUGGCUAAGCCUGCCAACAAGAGGAGAGUUUUGUCCUUGGGACGCAUAUGACGGAAGGAGAGAACAAAUUCCUGAAAGCUUUCCUCUGAUCUCCACACACCCACCACGACAGGCUCACUGUCUCUCUCUACACAAAAUAAAUUAAAAUGUACAUUUUUUUCCAUAAGAAAAGGAGAAAAAAGAAGGCGAAGAAUGGUGGCAGAACUCUUAUUCAGUUUACAUGAUGUCUUAGGUUUGACCUCCAGCAAUAAAACAAAAAUCAA